UAAACCACUAAUCUAUAAGAAGAUCCGACAAUAAAGUGAUAGAGUAAUGGAAAAUAUUAAUUUCACGAACAUAGGGCAACAAUUCUUGGAUUACCAACACAGGAACCAUUACAAUGACCAGAAUAGUUAUUCUGGUAGUGCAUCAAUAGAUUCUCUAACCCUUCAUGCCCAACAUUCAGACCAAGAAAAUUUCCGCGGAUAUAGGAAGCGUCGAAAAAAAACUCAUCAACACCAUUACCAACAACGACACAUGGCGAAUCAACGAGAAAGAAGACGAAUGCAGAGUAUCAAUGAUGCUUUUGAAGGACUUCGGGCUCACAUUCCUACGUUACCUUACGAAAAACGACUGUCUAAGGUGGAUACUUUGAAAUUAGCUACUGGAUACAUAGAGUUUCUAAGAGAGCUUAUUCACUCCGAUACUUAUUCUGAUCCACUAAAAAAACAGGGAAAAGAACAACCCAAAAAAAUAAUUAUCAAUUAUCAUAAAGGUGAGGACAAUGCUGGCGUUUUUAAACACCCCAA